CAGACUCUAUGAUACGUGCGAAAAGUCGUCCCUGGGAAUCUCGGAAAAGGAGGGAGGAGCUAGGUGAGCGGCUAAUGAAAAUGUGGGCGGGGAAGAGAAGUUACUUCCGUUUCCGGUGGGCCAGAGCGUGCGUGUCCGCAGUUGGUUUAUUGCAAAAUGCGGCCCCUGACGGAAGAGGAGACCCGCACCUUGUUCCAGAAGCUCUCUAAAUAUAUUGGAGAAAAUAUUCAGUUGCUUGUGGACCGACCCGAUGGCACCUACUGUUUCCGGCUCCAUAAAGACAGAGUCUACUAUGUCAGUGAGAAGAUUCUUAAGCUGGCCGUCAAUAUCUCCCGGGAGAAUCUGGUGUCUCUGGGGACCUGCUUUGGGAAAUUCACCAAGACCCAGAAGUUCAGAUUGCACAUCACUGCCCUGGAUUACCUGGCACCCUAUGCAAAGCAUAAAGUCUGGGUGAAACCUGGAGCAGAGCAGUCAUUCUUAUAUGGGAACCAUGUGUUAAAGUCUGGCCUGGGUCGAAUCACAGAAAAUACUAAUCAGUAUCAGGGACUGGUGGUGUACUCCAUGGCAGAUGUCCCUUUGGGUUUUGGCGUGGCAGCCAAGUCCACACAGGACUGCAGGAAGGUGGACCCAAUGGCAAUUGUUGUGUUUCACCAAGCUGACAUUGGGGAAUAUGUGCGCCAUGAAGACACACUGAUUUAAUUCAUCUUACUGACUUGUGACCAAGAUUUUUUUGUUGUGGGAGCAGCUGAAGUACAAAUCCACCCUUUUACUGACUUUUGACUGUGGAUAUACUUGGUCUUCUGUUCGCCAUCAUCACUACUGCAGGGGCACCUGGGCAUAGUGAGUCAAACACCGGACUUGGAAAUUGGAAGACUGGCGUUUGGAUCUAGCACACAGCAUAGUGCCUGGCACAUAGUAGGUGCUUAAUAAACCUUGAGUGGUUAAGCUCAUCUCAGACACUGGGUGAUGCUGGGCAGAUUACUUCAUGGAUUCACCUACUUCCCAGGGUUGUUGUGAGGAUCCAGUGAGAUAAUGUACUUAAAGCAAAAGUGGGCUAGAAAUACGAACUAUCAUUGUACACAACUGCAGGGGGAAGGCUUUUUUCGCAAAAAAGUUAUGCAGUUUGAACCUUUUUGGUUUAAUAAUAUUGAUUAAAUUUAAUACCAUGUUA